AGAAUUUAAUGUAUCGAAAAGAGAAAUUGAUCAACUGACUUAAGUAUUGGUUAAGUCUGCAAAAUUUAUAUCAUAUUGUGUCUUAGAUAACAAAAAAUAAUUCCUACGUUAGUUUGAUAUCAUACGCACAUACAUGCGCAGACGACAAAUCUGCCUCAUCAAAAUAUGAACGAGUUGUCAUUACAUGACUUCGCAUAUUUACAAACAAUUUAACGCUAAAUAUGGAAGGGUCAAUGCAUUCCUAAGUCACUUAGUUAAAAAUAGCGGUACAACCUUGAGAUUAUGCUUCGUUGGCCAUUAAAUGACCUUACAACAAUUAAAUUGAUAAACAAGUCAGUAAGGAGACAAUGGAAUCACUACAGUCCCUGUCUAUCUUGGUAGCUUUUCUGGGUAUUGUAUAUUACCUUGGAUUUCGUUCACCAUCGUUGCCAUCUGUAGUCACAAAAGGAAAACUACAGGACAGUUAUGACUAUAUUGUUGUAGGUGCAGGCUCGGCGGGGUCUGUCGUUGCAUCCCGGUUAUCUGAAGACUCGGAAGUCACAGUUCUCUUGCUUGAGGCAGGAGGAGAUUACACAGAAAACGAGAAAUACCACAUCCCCCUUCAUUUUUAUGACCUUCAGAAAACUUCAGCUGAUUGGGAGUACUAUACUGUUCCUCAGAAAGAAUCCCAUCUCGCGAUGUUUGAACAGCGCUCGUAUUGGCCACGUGGGAAGGUUCUAGGAGGAUCGAGCAUUUUUAAUUCGAUGCAGUAUACAAGGGGAAGUCGUCAUGACUACGACGAAUGGGCAGCUUUAGGAUGUGAUGGGUGGAGUUAUAGAGAUGUAUUACCUUACUUUCUGAAGUCCGAGGAUAUGAAAAUUGAAAACUUGAAAAGUUCCAAGUAUCACAAUACAGGAGGAUAUUUAGGAAUCAGUACUGGCGGGGUAACUCCAAUCGCUGAUAUUUAUUUAAAGGCUGGUGUUGAGAUGGGGUAUAAUAUUACAGAUUACAACGGGGAAAUACAAGAGGGAUGGAGCCCUAUGCAGUUAACGGUCCGUGAUGGAGUUCGUAGUAGUACAUCAUUAGAAUUUCUUGGCAGAGCUUUGGGUCGGACAAACCUACAUGUAGCAGUAAACGCUUUUGUUACCAAAAUAUCCAUUGAGAAAAAGCAAGCUAAAGGUGUUUAUAUGAUAAAAGAUGGACGUAAGCAUUACAUUGAAGCAAAUAAAGAGGUUAUAGUAUCUGGUGGUGCAGUUAAUUCUCCACAGUUACUCAUGCUGUCAGGAAUUGGUCCAAGAAAACAUCUCGAGGAUUUGAAAAUAAAGAUUGAAGCAGAUUUACCGGUUGGUGAAAACCUCCAAGAUCAUCUCCUACUUCAUAUGAUGACAGAUAUCAAAGACGAUAUAGCUAUCACAAAGGAGAAAAUAAAUAGCCUAAUGACCCAGCUACAGUAUAAAUUGUUUGGAAAGGGAAUUCUCUCUAUCGCAGGUAUUGAUGCAACAUCAUUCUUUUGUACAUAUGAAACUAAACAAAAAGAUUGUGCGACCGAUAUGCAGUUUAUGAUGUAUAGUUUGACUAUACCGGACAACAACAUAUGCCUGAAGGAACAAGUCGCUAAAGAAUAUCUUAGCACCCCUGACUCGGUUGGAUUUGUAUCUACCUUAAGUUUACUUGAUCCAAAGAGUGUUGGAUCACUAAAACUGAAAUCAGCUGAUCCAUUUGAUUACCCAUUAAUUGAUCCGAAAUAUCUCAGUGAUGAACGAGAUGUCGAAGCUUAUAUCCGAGGCAUUCGUCUCUGGGAGCAAUAUAUGUCUACGCCAUCUAUGAAACAAAUCGGUGCGAGCAUCGACAGAAUGAAAUUAUCCUUUUGCUCAGAACAUAAAUUUCAGUCCGAUGAAUAUUGGAAAUGCAUCGUGCGUCACCUAGCCUACACGGUUUAUCAUCCUGCCGGCACAUGUAAAAUGGGCAGCAAGGAUGACAAAUUGGCAGUUGUAGACCCGCAGUUACGUGUAAGGGGAAUAAAAGGAUUGCGUGUUGCUGAUGCGUCGGUCAUGCCAAAUGUGAUAUCCGGAAAUACAAAUGCACCAGUAAUAAUGAUAGCAGAAAAAGCUGCAGACAUGAUUCGAGGAAAAUAUACUGUUGAACACCUGAAGCGAAAUGUAUAGCGGAUCAAUAGAUCUACUAUUGUAUUGACAAGUUAAGAUUCACCUUGGUAAUUAAUUACUAAUUAUAAAGUCCGUAAGCAAGGAAACGUGUCAUAUAAUCAAAACUAUAAAUACUUUUCAUCAAGAAAUACCUUUUAUAUAAAUAAGUUACGCUUCGUUAAACACAAUUACAUGAAUUUACUCCUUUUCGCUUCUUUCGUUGUCUGUAUUCUUAUCUUACAUUUUGAUAUAAAAAAAAUGCUUUAAAUGCAUAUGAAACGCAGCGAAGUAAAAGAAAACACGUUGCUAUUGGGGAAACGAAGAACGAUAAGAACUAUUUAUAUUUGGACUUGUGGCUAUAUUCAUUUUAUUAAAAUUCUUGUUCUAACUAAAUGUUUUAUCAUCUCCUUUAUA